AUGGAUCAAGUCGGUGGCAGUGACAUUGGCCGUGCUGACACUACGCCACUGCAGCAUCAGCAGACACACAAUGUGGUUGGCCUGGCUACAGAGUUUGAUCACGAGUUCGUGAUGUUGCGCCAGGAUACCCGAGAGAAGAUAUUUGAGUAUUUAGGAAGGAGAACAACGGAUCCUACGUGGUGGCCAAGACUGCCGGAUCUAGUGAGGCGGCUCGAGGAAAUCUUGUUUAGAAGAUACCCAAACAAGAGGGAUUACCACAAUAUGACGAAGGAACCAAGUGAGCUACACUUCCUGUUUGCUCUCACGAUCUUGAGUGCUCAGCACCAAGAAGUUGAACAAACCCAGCAAUUAUUAAGGCAUAUAGCAUUUUCCGGUGGGUAUGGGACGAUGACUAUGACACAAGGUGUCACGCAGGGUGCAAAUGAAAAUUCUGGAAUGUCUUACGUACCAUACAACAUGGGUCCUUCAGUUGGUGCAAGCUUGGUUCCACAGAGUACUAACAUGGGCACCUCCCAGUCAGGUAUGUAUGCUCACAAUGAGCAUGUGAACACAGAGUUAUCUUUGGGGAUGAACCCUACACAUCACAGCUCGAGAGUGUCCAACAACAAUCAUGUAACAAGAAUGGUAGACACAUCUGAAACCAAUAGAAUUUUGUCCAUGGUGUCGCCGCCACCCCCUGUAACUGUGGAGGAGGUCCCAAACGAACCGAAGUUCAUUUGCCCAGUCUGCUUACACGAAAUUGCGGACGCGUUAUCGACUAUCUGCGGCCACAUCUUCUGCAAGGAGUGCAUUAGGGCCUCCAUCAAGGCUCAGAAGAAGUGCCCUACCUGCAGGACGAAGCUGAACCUGAGAAACAUCCACCGGGUCCACCUUCCGACGAUGGACUGA